GUAAUUUCCUGAAACCUGUGAGGUACACCCCACGUCCUAAAAAUCUUCACUGUGGUCGGCGUAGUUAAUAUCAAGAGUAUUAUAUCUGAUAUUAACUUAUAGUUUUUACAAAAUGUCUGGAUUUGAUGCUUUUGAGUCUGAUUUUAAUAAUGAAAGUCUUCCAGAAGAAGACCCAGUUGCUGAAUUUUAUGCAAGAGAACAGAAUGAAUUAGCAGGGCUAGAAGAUGACUUGAAUUUUGAGUCUCCAGCAAAAUCUCAGACAGACUCUCACUCUCAGCAAGCCACUGCCGACUACGAAAAUAAUUUUAUGGGAGAUGGAGAAGCAGAUAUGUUUACCUUUUCAGAAGAGUCUCAGCCAAUUGAAAUGAAUGGACCUUCUGAAUCAGCAUUUCCUCUAAAUUCUGCAUAUCAAACCAAAUCUGUUAUUCAAGAAGAACCCGAGAAGAUCCGCAAGUGGCGAGAAGAGCACCAGAAAAUGUUGAAAGAAAAAGAUGAACAGGAGAGUCUUAAAAAAGAAGAAAUGCAUCAGACUGCCCUGAAAGAAAUAGAAGAGUGGUAUGCUCGUUACCAUGAGCAGAUUGAGAAGUCAAAAUUCAAUAACAGGGAAGUGUCUAAGAAUGCAGAAAUGGAGUACGUUAAUGAGCGAGAUACACAAGUACCUACAGGUCAAGAAUGGGACAGAAUUUCCCGUAUGUGUGACUUUAAUCCUAAGGCAUCACGUGGUACAAAGGACACUUCCCGUAUGCGAUCCAUCAUACUGCAGCUUAAACAGACACCACUAGUCCAUAAGUCUGGGGCUAAAGUUUAAAACUUCCAGUGUCAUUUCUGAAUGUUACAUUCCAAUAUAGAAUUGGUGACUCAGCAUCACUUGUGUGAUCAGAAGUGGACAGCUGGUAGAACGAGUUCUCUUUAAUCAAAAAUAUGUGUAUAAAUGUAUAACUGAUACUUGCUUUAAGAAGGUGAUGUUACAAUGCAAAAAGUAACUAUCUUGUAUGAUAUUACAAUUUCUUCAUAUUAGAUUAUACAGUGUAAAAAGUCUCAAUUAGGAGUUUCCGUAAUAAGCAUUACCAUUCAGUAAUGUCAAUUCAACUUCUAAAAUAAAAUAAUUGUUUAUUUAACAUUAUUACAAAGUAUGAAUAAUCUCUCUGGUCUUAAUAAAAAUAUGAUGACCAUGUUUUAUCUAUACAAGUCAAAGAUGUUUGUGGUCUGUCUUAUAUAGGAAAUGUAUAUGUGAACUAUCAGUAAAGAAGGUGUAUUAUUAGUAAAAGAAAAUAAAUUGUAAGAAUCAAAA